GACAGCCGUCACUCGCCAAGUCCAAGAAAGAAAAAAAGCCACAGAAUCCCCCCCUUUUAAAUAACAUCCGCUGCGUAACGACGCUUGUAAAAUUUCUGCCUUUCGUGCUUGUCGUUGCUACUAUUAUUGGUGGUAUUCUGUGCUUCCAGACGCACCGAACUAUGUCCUUCUUCGACCUCCUCAACGAGCGUGCGAAGCACACGCUGCUCUGCGUGGGCCUGGACCCACGCGCCAAGACCGCCGAAGACGCCCUGCAGGAGUGCAAGCGUCUGAUCGAGCAGACCAAAGAUUACGCAGCGGCGUACAAACCAAACGCGGCCUUCUUUGAGUUCUUUGGCGAGCAGGGCUGGGCGGUGCUGGCGGAGGUGAUCCGUGCCGUCCCGCCCAACAUCCCCGUUGUGCUCGAUGCGAAGCGCGGCGAUAUCGCGGACACGGCGGAUGCCUACGCGGCGUCGGCCUUCCGGCACCUCCACGCCCACGCCAUCACCGCCUCCCCUUACAUGGGCGGCGACAGCCUCCAGUCCUUCCUGCGCUACGCCGACAAGGGCGUCUUUGUGCUGUGCAAGACGUCGAACAAGGGCAGCAACGACCUGCAGUGUCUCCGGGUGGGGGACAGGUUCCUCUACGAGGCGGUGGCCGAGCGGGCGGAGGGGCCGUGGAAUUCAAACCAGAACGUUGGCCUCGUGGUGGGCGCGACGGACCCGGUGGCACUCGCCCGUGUGCGUGCCCGUGCGCCGACGCUUUGGUUUCUCGUGCCGGGCAUCGGUGCGCAGGGCGGCAGCCUCAAGGCGAGUCUCGACGCCGGUCUCCGCGCGGAUGGCAGCGGGAUGCUGAUCAACGUGUCGCGCGGCAUCGCCCGUGCCGCCGACCCACGCGCGGCGACGAGGCAGCUGUGCGAGGAGAUCAACGCGAUCCGCUUCGCCAAAGGCGCGUCGACCGAGCUGGCGACGGCGCUGGUGGAGUCGCACUGCGUCCGCUUCGGCACCUUCACGCUCAAGUCUGGCAAGACGUCGCCGAUUUACAUCGACCUGCGCCGUCUAGUGACGUACCCGAGCAUCAUGCGGCUGGUGGCGCGCGAGUACGCGAAGGUGCUGCGCCAGUACAAGUUUGACCGCAUUGCCGGUCUGCCCUACGCCGCCCUGCCCAUCGCCAGCGCGAUCUCCAACGAGAUGAACGUCCCACUCAUCUACCCGCGCCGCGAGGCCAAGAGCUACGGCACGAAGGCCGCCAUUGAGGGGGAGUACAAGAAGGGCGACCGCGUCGUGAUUAUCGACGACCUCGUCUCGACCGGUGAGACGAAGGUGGAGGCGAUUGACAAGCUGAAGUCUGCGGGGUUGGAGGUGGUGGCCAUCGUCGUCCUGGUCGAUCGUGAGAUGGGCGCCAAGGCGUUCCUGAACGGGCUGGGCUACGAGUUCGAGGCAGUGGUCGGCCUGUACCAGCUGCUCCCCCUGUGGAGGAAGAGCAAUGCUAUCACGGCGGCGCAGGAGGCUGAGGUGCGCGCCUUUCUGGGUCAGUGGCAGAAGAGCAAGAUCUAA